GCGGAUGUUGUUGACGACUUUAUUUCAACUACUUCCGGUUUUAAUGGACGUCUCACCCCAAAAAAGCAGAAGACGGCUAAUUCGAGUUUCUUCUCCCUGAAAUUUAAAGGACAGGCGGCGUCUGGCGAACAAUGGCUUUUGUUAACCGGCGGAAUCGUUUUUAACCGUCUUACGUUUUCGUCGCGUCCGUGUGGCGAACAGCUCGGCGAGUUAGCACACCGGCUGGCUAGCUCGCUAAUGAAAUGGCAAGUGCUCGGCUCCUUCUGACUAAAGAUGACGACACACAUUUGUCAACAGGGGGGGAUUAUUAACUUCACAAGGACUGAUGGGUUUUAUUCAUUUAAUAAUAAGGGGAGUGGGUAUUUGGGAUGUAUAAUUAAGUCAACAUUUCAACAUUUUUUUUUAAGGGCCUUAAUAAAAAAGUUUUAAAUGUUGCCAAGGAAAGGAUACAUUUUAACGCACGGGAAUUCAUCAAUACAUUUGCAAAUUUGAACGCAAUCUGGGGUUAAUAUACGUACGUUUCAACGUGUCACACAUCCUGAGUAGAGUAGAUCCGGUUUGGAAAAGUAAACAAACAGCCGAGAAUUACCAAUGACAUGUGACACAUAUUGCUAGUCAUCAGUAAACAAAGGAUUGCAUGCACCUGCCUAGACUUCACCAUCAUUAACCCGCUAUUUAUAACAUGAUUUCAGAGGUGCCGUCUGCUUAGAUGUUUUGUGAAGUGUAGUUUAGGUACUGUGCACAUCUGAUCCAUUACAAUGCCAUCCGCACUGUUCGUCUUGGUGCUGCUGGCAGCCUUAUGUAGCCUGGGAUGUGCCAUGUCGCAGGAGGAGAAACACAAGUUGAAGACUCAAGUGGUUGAGAUGUUUGACCAUGCAUACCAGAAUUACAUGGACCAUGCUUACCCGGCCGAUGAGCUGAUGCCUCUAACGUGCAGAGGAAGAGUACGUGGACUAGAACCCAGUCGGGGUGACGUCGAUGACGCGCUGGGCAAGUUCUCUUUGACCCUCAUAGACACUCUGGAUACUCUUGUGCUUUUGAACAAGACAACAGAGUUUGAAGCCGCUGUCAGGAGAGUCCUGACAGACGUGAGGUUGGACAAUGACAUCGUGGUGUCUGUCUUUGAAACCAACAUUCGUGUCCUCGGAGGUUUGUUAGGUGGGCACUCCAUGGCGGUGAUGCUGAAGGAAGAAGGUCAACACAUGCAGUGGUAUCGGGAUGAGCUACUGCACAUGGCCAAAGACCUGGGCCUCCGACUGCUGCCAGCCUUCAACACCAGCAGUGGCCUUCCUUACCCCAGGGUGAACUUAAAAUACGGCGUCAGAGGUCCUGAGACGAGGACAGGCACAGAGACGGACACCUGCACAGCAUGCGCGGGGACCAUCAUCCUGGAGUUUGCUGCCUUAAGUCGCUUCAGUGGGGAUCCUGUAUUUGAGAUGCACGCCCGUAGAGCCCUGGAUUUUCUUUGGGAGAAGAGGCAGAGGAACAGCAACCUGGUCGGAACAACCAUCAACAUCCACUCAGGAGAGUGGGUCCGCAGGGAUAGUGGAGUUGGAGCAGGAAUUGACUCGUACUAUGAAUACCUACUCAAGGCCUACGUUCUCCUGGGAGAUGACCAGUUUCUGCAGCGCUUCAAUAUUCACUAUGCAUCCAUAAUGAAGUACAUUAGCCAACCUCCCCUGCUGCUGGAUGUCCACAUCCACAAACCUCUGCUUCCAGCUCGGACCUGGAUGGACUCUCUGCUGGCUUUCUUUCCCGGCCUCCAGGUGUUGAAGGGAGACAUCCGCCCAGCCAUCGAGACUCAUGAAAUGUUGUAUCAGGUGACCAAGAAACACAACUUCUUGCCAGAGGCAUUCACUACUGAUUUCAGAGUGCAUUGGGCCCAGCAUCCACUGAGGCCGGAGUUUGCAGAGAGCACGUAUUUUCUUUACAAGGCCACGGGAGACCCAUACUACCUGGAAGCAGGUCGUACCAUCCUGGACAACCUCAACCGCUUUGCUCGCGUUCCCUGCGGCUUCGCUGCUAUGAAGGACGUGCGCACAGGCAGCCACGAAGACCGUAUGGACUCUUUCUUCCUUGCUGAGAUGUUUAAGUACCUUUUCCUACUCUUUGCUGAUGUGGAGGACCUACCCUUUGAUGUGGAGGACUACGUCUUUACGACCGAGGCGCAUCUCUUGCCUCUGUCGCUCUCCACAGUCGCCCUCUCUCUCUCCUCAGUUCCCUCAAAUAGAACGAUACCUCAGACAGAAGAGGAGCUAGAUGAUUCCAACUUCGAUUGGACCUGCCCCAACACACGCCUCCUGUUUCCUGACCCCGCCUUUCCCCGUAAUCUGAGGGAACCGAUUCGUAGCGUGGUGGACAAAAGCUGCCCACGCCCUGCUCCUUACAGGGAGCCGGGCAUGGGAGCCCCUCCUCUGAGAGCGCAGGACUUCAUGGCGAACAACCCGGAACAUCUGGAGCUGUUGAAGAGGAUGGGUGUCAGCCUCAUCCACCUGAAGGACGGAAGGGUGCAGCUAGUGCAGCACGCGACGCAGGCGGUGAGCCCCAUAGCAGCGGAGGAUGGCAUACGCUUCAUGCAGGAGAUGAUGGAGCUUUCCAGCCAGCAGCAGAAAGAGCAGCUGCCUCCCCGAGCCAUUCAGAUUGUCUCGCAUCCCUUCUUCGGCAGGGUGGUGCUGACCGCCGGCCCGGCACAGUUUGGCAUGGAUUUGUCCAAAAGCUCCACGGGGGUUCGAGGCUUUGUGACCGUCGCCGAGCCGUACACCGGCUGCAGCGAGAUCACUAACAGCGAGUACGUGCGGGGCCACAUCGCUUUGCUCCAGAGGGGCCAGUGCAUGUUCGCGGAGAAAGCCCGACACAUCCAGAAGGCCGGCGCCAUCGGAGGCGUUGUCGUCGACGACAACGAGGGAAGCAGCAGCGACACAGCCCCUCUCUUCCAGAUGGCCGGCGACGGGCGCAGCACGGAGGACAUCACCCUGCCUCUCCUCUUCCUCUUCCACAAGGAGGGCAACAUCCUCCUGGAGGCGCUGAAGGAAUACCGGGAGGUGGAAGUCCUGCUGAGUGACAAGGCCCGCGACAGAGCAACCAUAAUCAAAGGUAAAGCUCUUCCUGGAAGCCUGAUUGAGGGCAGUGCAGACGUCGUACACGAGGCAGAAAAGGACUGCCGAACCGAGGCCACGACUCCCACGUCUUUCGCACCCGUCGGCCAAUCGCAGUCGAGUACGGCAGAGACGGAUAAAUCGGAGGCGGUUUCAUCACAGGAAAGUUCCGACACGAGUCCAGCAAGGGAAGUCAACCCCACGGCGUCCUCUGAUCAGGCAAAAGACGACUCGGAGAAGAAAGCGGCGCCGAAAAAUGAUGCAGACUCUAACAGCCAAUCGGUGGACGAAAUGCUGGCCGAUUGGCGCGAGGACCUGGAGGCAUUCCGACAGAUGGAGAAAGAUGAGCUUUGACAUCACCCGCAGUCCAACAUGAACGUUUAGUGGUUGUGACCAGAAGCUCUUCCUUUCUCGCUUGCUGUCUGCGGGCGGCGUGCAGGGCCAAGGCUGGCCAUUAGCGGACCAGAGUGGCGUCCUGUUAAGCCUGGUUGAUGACGGAUGAGACACCAGGAUUCUUACCUCAUUUUGUCAGACAUUUCUUUACAACACUCAUUGACUAAUUGUUAUCAUGGGUCAGUUUUUGUGCAUUUGAAAUCUACUGAGUAAUUGUGGAAAAAUCUCAUAUUGAUAACAAAAGUUAAAAAAUCAGCACCAAUCCUUGCGAAACCCUUCCCUUUUUUUGGGGCCUCAUUUUCUUCAUUAAUCCACCUUCUUAGUGGAGGUAAUUAUUUGCGCUUUUGUCUUCUAUGCAGUCUUUUUUUAAAUCUUAAAUGAGUGUGUCAGUGUCCUCAACUAAUCUUAUUUAAUUAUAUUGGAUUCUAAUUAAAUGUGAUUAGAGUUUGAGUUCAAGGGUUUGGGUCUAAUCAAUACAAUUCUGCAAGUCUAUAUUAUGACAAACUUUAGGACUAACCUAAGUCACCUGGCAAUGUAAAUAUGUAUUUGUCGGUAUUUAUUCACUGAAAUAAUACAAAAACUGUUUGCUCAGGUUUCUGGCCAAGUUGUCCCAUACAUACUGUAUAUUGUUCAUGUCCCUCGCAUCAGCGUGCCAUGCCUGUGUUGGCCACACGGGGGUGGGGAAGGAUCUGUCGCUCAAACAGGAGCAGAAAUAAAUUAUCAGAGUUCAAUUAAUAAAAGAUGAAAAGUCAACUGUAAAAA